GAAGGAUAAUUCAUUGACACCAAAAUGCAAUCGAUAGACACACACAGAAUGUGUGAAUAGGCGAAGAGAAAAAUUGCCGUUCUAUUUAGGUUCAUCGAAUGAGCCUAAACUAUUCUGAUUGUUCAUUAAUAUUCUACAUUCGAAGUCUGUAUUUUAAACUUGAUUUAAGUUGGUCUUCCAUAGUGCAAUUAUGGGUAAUGCACCUACUACUAAGAAGGGAGACGCUCAAGAAAAUGAACACAGCAGGUUUGGAGGAGUUUGAAAGGCUUAAAACCUUGGGAACUGGCUCAUUUGGCAGAGUGAUGUUAGUACAGCAUAAAGCCACGCAAAGAUAUUACGCAAUGAAAAUCUUGGAUAAAAAUAAGGUGGUCAAAUUAAAGCAAGUUGAACAUACUUUGAAUGAGAAGAAGAUUCUUCAAGCUAUCAGUUUUCCCUUCCUUGUCACACUUGAGUUUCAUUUUAAGUGAGCCACACUCUCGAUUUUAUGCAGCACAGAUAGUCUUAGCAUUUGAGUACCUCCAUUUCUUAGAUAUUAUCUACAGAGAUCUCAAGCCAGAGAAUUUGCUCAUAGAUGAAACGGGUUACAUUUCAGUAACAGAUUUUGGUUUUGCCAAACGAGUCAAAGGGAGGACGUGGACAUUGUGUGGGACUCCUGAAUACCUCGCACCUGAAAUCAUUCUUAGUAAGGGCUACAAUAAAGCAGUAGAUUGGUGGGCAUUAGGUGUCCUCAUCUAUGAAAUGGCUGCAGGCUACCCACCUUUUUUUGCUGACCAGCCAAUUCAGAUCUAUGAGAAAAUUGUCUCUGGAAGGGUACGUUUUCCAUCACAUUUUACGGCAGACUUGAAAGAUCUGUUACGUAACCUCCUACAAGUAGAUUUGACAAAACGAUAUGGAAAUCUCAAGAAUGGUGUCAACGACAUCAAAGGACACAAGUGGUUCAGCACUACAGACUGGAUAGCAAUCUACCAAAAACGGGUUGAGGCACCAUUCAUCCCCAAGGUAAAGGGUGCAAGUGACACAAGCAAUUUUGAUGACUAUGAGGAAGAAACGCUGGUGAUCUCAAGUACAGAGAAAUGUGCAAGGGAAUUUGCCGAUUUCUAGUCAACGUUGUCAAUAGGGUUUUCCCAAUAUUAACCAAAAGCAGUUAUUUGUUAUAAAUAGCUGACUGGGUGACCAGCAGAGCACACAGCAUUCAGUAUACACAUUUUGCAUGGUAGAUUUGAUGAGUAGCCAUGCUUUGCCAUUCAGUUUUAAUGAUAAUACCAUACUAAUAAUUAUUAAUAUGCUGUGUAUUCUGAUCUGUUCAUUUUUCUUUAAUUUAAAAAAAAACAACAUAUUUUACAUUGAAUUUAAACUAAUUAAUAAUUUGUUAAUAUAUUUUAAAUAUUUUAUUUUAUUUAAAUAUUUUUAUUUUUUUUUGUAAAUCAGCAAAAACAACUCUUAGGAUUUGACAGUAUAUGAAAUAAUGGAUGUGAUAACGUUCUGUCACAGACCAAAUAAUCAUUCUGUUCAGGUCAUAUUUGUAAAUGUUAGUAAUGUAACUUUUAAUUUGGUUAACAUUUUUCAUAAACAAAUAUUUCUUUGUAGAUCCUGGCAUGCCUAGCAACAUGUGUUGUUCUAUCUGAAGAUUAGGUAAUAUAACUUGUUGCUUCUUCCUAUUUAACUGCUUGUUUAUCUUCCUGUUUUUGUAAAUGCAAGCUGGUGCUUGUACCUGGGAAGAUCAGUGUAUUGUGUGUACAGCCAAAGCAAAAUUGGACAUUCAAGUUGGUGUUAUGAACGUAUUCAAAUGUGCUUUACAGUGUAGACAACAGUCAGCCUUUACAUCCAAAGAAAUUCCUUAAUUAGUACAAAGCAGAACCUUCCUGGAGUAGGAGCCAUGUUAAUGCUGUCUGUAGGUCACUCGCAUAUGCCAGCUCAAUUACAAGCAAUGUAUUUUUACAUAUACAUGCAUACUAUAUUAUGUUUGUUUAUAAUAAUGUAUAUAUUACUACUGUAUAUAAAUACACAUUGUAUAGUAAUAUGUAUAUUACCAUAUACAUAGGCGUUGUGUAGUAAUAUGUAUAUUAUCAUAUAAUUCCACUUAUGUAUGUUAAGUGUACUUGCUCACAUAGUACUAUUUGAACCUUAAGUGCACUGUACAUUGACGUAACCAUCUUAAUUAACAGAGCUGGCAAUGGGAAGUCAUUCAUAUUCAGAAUAUAUAUUAUUUAAAACAUAAAUUUGUGUUAUAUAGAAAAUACAUUCACUGUAACAUUAUUUAAAUAUUUGUUUUUUCUAAAUAUACUACACUGUAUAUUGUGAUUGUCAUAAUUAAGUAUGUAUUCACUUUAGAUCUACAGAUUGAGAAUUUUUCUUUAAAUAUCUUGGAAUAUAAAGCUUGUUUUGUUAGAAAUACAUUUCAUACAUAUAUAAUAUACAGUAUCUACAAGUUUACAAUAUUUGCCUCCCCUCUCCUCUUUCCUACUGCAAAAUACAGUAUUCAUAAUAACUACAACAUUUUCAUUGCAACUUUAAACUAGAAAUAAGGUUUUUAAAAAAAAUAAUAAAUUCCUAUUAUACUGGUUAAAGGUUGAUAUUUUUAAAGUAAUAAAUUAAGUUAUAGUAUUUUGUUGUUUAUGUUUAUAAGGUGGUAAUAAUGUGUCUAGGCAACAAUUUCAACCUAUCCAUAUUUAUGUACAAGUCUAUCAUCACAGCCUGUAGAAUUUCUUCCUGUUGGUUUUUGUCCGAACAUAUUUUGAUGAUAAUCUUGUCAUAAUUACCUCAUAUAAGAAGUUCUUAAUAUAAUUUUUAGCACAAUUUUCUAAAUAAAUAUCAUUUAAUAAUAUGAUUUUAUAUUGUCCCUGCAAAUUGAUUGCAUUUUGUGUAUGAAGGAUCAACACAUAGUGAUAGUUGAUUUAAUAUAAAUAUUGAUGCUGAAUAAACCAACUGUAUGCCUUUCUAUACAUUUUGUAAAUAACUAAUAUACAAUAUCGGAAGUGGUUGGUAGGCAUUAUGUUUAGUGUUUUCAGGGUUUUAGCAGUUGCAAAUAAUUGAUGUCGACUGUGAUGUUUUGAGGUCCAAUGCAAGCAGAGUUUCAUGAAUCAAUUCAAUGAGUUAGAAAAUGUUAAAAUAAAUCUCCACAUAUUAUUGUACAACAUGCUUGUAGCCAGUGUUAAUAUGCUCAGUCCCUUUUACUCUGUGUGAUAUUAAAACACAUGUUAAAUGUAUGUUUUGUAGAAACAUGUAUUGUAUCCACUAUAGCUUUAGUUACAAUAAUGUGAAUUGGUAUUUAGUACUGAAUGAGUGGGUCAAGGGUCAUGGAAAUUAAGGCGUUGAGUAUGUUUGCUUUGGAAAAUCUCAAUGAAGAUGUAAAUAAUUUAAAUACUCAAUUCUGUGUGAAUUAAGGUGGUUUUGAAACGAAUUGGAUUAUUUCAUUAUUAAAAACUCAAAAGUUCUGAGACCACCUUGCUUCAAGAACCUUUGAAAGGUUUCAAUAAGUUGUUAGGAUGAAGAAAAAUAAAGCUCUAGUUGCUAUGUAAUUUUGGAAUUUUAAUCCUGUUUACUUGUUGUAAUAUACCUGUGUUGGUCCAUGAUGCAUGUGCGCAUGUGUUAUUUCAAUGACCACGAGUUUCAAGCUAUUGACCAUUAUAAGGUUCAAAUGGUUUGUUGUUGCAACAGCAAGUUUUUAAUGUCAACAUCAAGUUUACAUCCUACCCUAAAGAUGUCAUUAAACAUUUAUGAAGGAAACUCA